AUGGCCAUGGUUCACAUUUUCACAAGUACCAUGCUCCGACGCAACAACGCGUCCCUCAACUUGGCCGCGCUUGACUCCACGUACAACGGUGGUGCUGCCACGACAACGUCUUCGUCGUCAGCGAGAAAACGCUUGUCGGACUCGGACGUGACCGCGCCGGAACCGACGCAUGCGUGGUCCACAAGCACGAAACGAUCGGCCCCGAUCGCAAUCCCCGACGCCAAAACAAGACCGUUCUACUGCGUCAACCAAGACGCCCAGACUCGCCCCGGACGGCACGUCAUGUAA